CAAGUCAGUCCGAUUUGUUGGGGGUAGGAAGGAAUAGGAUGGAUGAUGGAUGGCAAAAGUAGUAAAUAAGGAAGAAACAGAAGGGGUGUUUGGUUGGAAAAAGGACGAAUGAGUGUGAGUUGGAGUAGUUGUUGUAGGAAUCUGGGGAAGACAAUAAAGGCUCUUCAUUUACAUUUGCAUCUGAGGCCUCGUGGGAGCAGUCUCUAUCGUCGUCAUAUCCAAAGCUCUUCUCCUUCUUCUUAUUCAAUGGCCGAUCUCAAGUCAACGUUUCUCAACGUUUAUUCCGUUCUCAAGUCCGACCUCCUUAAUGACCCUGCCUUCGAAUUCACCGAUGAAUCUCGUCUCUGGGUUGAACGGAUGCUGGACUACAAUGUACGUGGAGGGAAACUCAACCGUGGUCUCUCCGUUGUUGACAGCUUCAAACUUUUGAAGGAAGGCAAAGAUUUGACUGAGCAAGAGGUUUUCCUCUCGUCUGCUCUCGGUUGGUGCAUCGAAUGGCUCCAAGCUUAUUUCCUUGUGCUUGAUGACAUUAUGGAUAACUCUGUCACCCGCCGUGGUCAACCUUGCUGGUUCAGAGUCCCUAAGGUUGGUAUGGUUGCCAUCAACGAUGGGAUUCUACUUCGUAAUCACAUCCACAGGAUUCUCAAAAAGCACUUCCGGGACAAGCCUUACUAUGUUGACCUCGUUGAUUUGUUUAAUGAGGUUGAGUUGCAAACAGCUUGCGGCCAGAUGAUAGAUUUGAUCACCACCUUUGAAGGCGAAAAGGAUUUGUCCAAGUACUCAUUGUCAAUCCACCGGCGUAUUGUUCAGUACAAAACGGCUUAUUACUCAUUUUAUCUCCCUGUUGCUUGUGCAUUGCUUAUGGCGGGUGAAAAUUUGGAAAAGCAUGUUGAUGUGAAGAAUGUACUUGUUGACAUGGGAAUCUACUUCCAAGUGCAGGAUGAUUAUCUGGAUUGUUUUGCUGAUCCGGAGACGCUUGGCAAGAUAGGAACAGAUAUAGAAGAUUUCAAAUGCUCGUGGUUGGUGGUUAAGGCAUUGGAACGCUGCAGCGAAGAACAAACCAAGACAUUAUAUGAGAACUAUGGUAAACCCGAUCCAUCAAACGUUGCUAAAGUGAAGGAUCUCUACAAAGAGCUUGAUCUUGAGGGAGUGUUCAUGGAGUAUGAGAGCAAAAGCUACGAGAAGCUGACGGGAGUGAUUGAGGCUCACGAAAGUAAAGCAAUCCAAGCAGUGCUAAAAUCAUUCCUGGCAAAGAUCUACAAGAGGCAGAAGUAGUAGUCUCAGCCCUGAAUAAAUAAAAUUCCCUGUUGUCUUUUGUUGAUUCUUCGUUCAUUGGUGAUUUGUGUAAUUCGUCUGUUAAAUGCUCUGAUUCCAGAGAGGGUGGGGGGAAUAACUCUGAUUAUUGUGUUACAAUCAUAUUUGUUUUCAUGACUCUGAUCUUCUUUUCAUCAUUUAUAUCAAUUUGAGAUUCUUGUU